AUGGCAAAUCUAAUAAACGAAAAGGCUAAAAUUGAGGAACUUAAAAAAGAGCAAGUAUCAUCAACAGAUGUUGAAAACAUGAGAAGCAUGAGUGUUCUACCAACGGUGGAAGAUUUAUUUCACAAACCACCCGAGCUAAAAAAGAACAUUGUUGAAGGAGCCUACACAAAUGUUGACCAUUAUCUCACCGUUCAAUUUGCUCUGCUUCGCGAGGACUUUGUGGCUCCUGUUCGAGAAGGAGUUUUAGAGCAUUUAUCUCAUUCCAGCAUUGAUAAAAAAAGAAACACCCAAGUUUUAAUGUACCACGGGAUUAAGAUAAUGCAUGCCACAAUAGACAAAGGAAAGUUUGGCCAUGUGGUUCAGUUGGUCGGUAACAUAAAGUGGGAAAUUGUUACUCGAUUUUUCAUCUUUGGGUCCCUUCUUUUGUUUACUACAGAUUCCUUUAAAUCGUUCUUUGUAGGAACUGUCAUUGAUGUCAACGGUAAAAAUAAAACAGUCACAGUUAAACUUGAUAUAAAUUACUUUAAAGUUUGUAACAAUAUCUAUGCAAAUGAAUUCACCAUGGCAGUUUCUAAAGUAUUUUUUGACCCCUACUACCACGUGCUGAGUGCACUCCAAACAAUGCCUACAGAUAACUUUCCGAUGGAGAAGUACAUAGUUGAAGUAAACUCAGAACCUGGCCAUCCUGCCUACAUAAAAAAGUUGCAGGGUAGCAAGUACUUAUUCUUUGGAAAAACACAUGUUAAUAUCCUGGAUCGAUACUGGCCCGAGUUCACUGAGGUAAAGUUCAAUCCAUCCCAGAAAAAAGCAUUAAAGGCAGCUCUGACCAAUGAGUUUGUUGCGAUCCAAGGUCCACCUGGCACAGGGAAGACUUUCCUCGGUCUACAGAUAGUCAGAGCACUUUUAGACAAUGUACGAAGUUCUUCUCCAAUUUUGGUUGUGUGCUAUAAAAAUCACGCAUUGGAUCAGUUUCUAGAAGGGAUACUGAAUGCAACCAAAAAGAUAGUCAGAAUGGGUGGAAGGAGCCAAAAUGAAAAACUAAAAAAGUAUAAUAUAAAGGAACUUCGAGGCUCUUACGGAUUUGCUUCUUUUCAUGAGGUUUUAGAAGAACUGACAAAGAGUUACUUCAGGAAACAGUAUCAGUUGGAUGGUCUAAGUAAACAUGGUAUCCUCUCAGUGGACAACGUGCUUCCUUAUGUACCUCAUGAGUUGAGGGAAGAACUGCUCAGAAUAAGCCUGGAUGAUUGGUUGAUGGAGGGAGUUUUUAUGAGUGAAGAAACUGAAGCCAUCCAAAAUGAGGAUUUAUUGGACACAGCUAACAAGAUGAGCAACCACAACGAUGAUUUUGUACAGAAGGAAGUGUUUUCAGAACAAGAUUAUAGUAACCGUCCUGCAAGUGACAGCAAAGAUAUUAUUCAACAAGACAGUGUGUAUUUCUCUGAAGAAAGCAAGCAACGUUAUGUUGAGACGUACAUUGAUGAUUACUCUGAAGUCUAUGAUGAUAUUGCUUGGGUGGCCCAACAAGAACCGAUAGAAAACAUGAAUGAGCGGGAAGAUGGAACAAAAACUACAUCACUCAAACCUUGUUUUACUCUUACAAUUCGUUCUUUAAGAGAAAUUCGAGAAGGAUUGGAAUUCCAAGCAUCGGAACUGCAAAAAGUUGAUGAAAAAUGUAUGGACGUGAACAGAAAGAAUUACAUACUAUGUAUAUGGCAAUCCCAUAUAGAUGACCUAACAAGAAGAGUUUGUUUCUUGAAACGAAUGCUUAACAUGAAGAAAUCUAACAAGCCAAGAGAGCUUUGGGAAAUAUGCUCAAUAGCAAAACAAAUGGGAAUGUGGGCUUUAUCCAACCGUCAAAGAUGGUUGUUGUACCAUUCGUGGUUACAUAGGUUAGCAGAAGACAUGAGGGGGCAAUUGAUGAGAUUAGAAAGAUCCAUUCGUUCUGCAGAAGAGAUGAUUGAUGAGGCAAGAAGUGGAGCGGAUUUGGACAUUUUGAAAAAGGCAAAAGUAGUCGGAGUUACUACGUCUGGAGCCGCCUCAAAUCGUGCAACACUGAAUAAGCUGGGAGCAGAAAUUGUAAUAAUAGAAGAGGCAGCUGAAGUGUUAGAGUCACAUAUAGUAACGUCUCUCAGUAGCAGUUGCCAGCAUCUCAUACUGAUUGGAGAUCACAAACAACUGAAACCAAACCCAGCUGUCUACCAGCUAUGCAAGAAAUAUAACUUUGACAUCUCACUUUUUGAGCGUAUGAUAAGGAACGGAAUGAAUUGCUACACGCUGGACGUUCAACACCGAAUGAGACCAGAAUUUGCAUCUUUGAUUGUACCAUCAAUUUAUCCUGAACUCAUGAGUCAUUCAAGUACCAAAAACCGUCCGGAUAUUAAAGGUGUACACUGCAACCUCUACUUUAUCAACCACAAAAAUCCUGAAGAGCACUUGUUGGAUACUCAGAGUCAUCUGAACAAGUAUGAAGCCAAGUUUGUGUUGGAACUCGCUCACUAUUUAGUUCUGCAAGGCUAUUCAGCAGAGGAAGUUACCAUCUUGGCUACUUACAGCGGACAAAUGAAAAAAAUCAAGAAGAUGAGAGACCAAGUUUCAUCAGAGAUGAGAGACUUACGGAUAACAACAGUAGAUGACUUUCAAGGCGAAGAAAACAAAAUUGUAAUAUUAUCACUUGUGCGCAGUAAUGAAGAAGGGAACAUCGGUUUCCUAAAAACUGAAAACCGAGUGUGUGUCGCCCUUUCUCGAGCCAGAGAUGGCCUCUACAUCAUCGGCAAUAUGGACUGUCUGGCAGAAAACAGCCAGAUUUGGCCUCAAGUUAGGGAAAGGUUGAUGGAGCAUAAUGCCAUAGGCAAGUAUGAGGAUAUGUAA